AUGACGCUUGCCCCAGCAACUCAUUCCGUCCCGGAAGCCCCCAGUGAAAAGCAUUCAGGGCACAAAGAGGAAUUUAAAGCACUUGUUAAGAAUUAUAAGGGUAUCGACUCUGUGAAGCCCGUCCUGAAAGAGUUUCUCAAAAAGUCCGAUUUCUUCUGUUUGCUAUAUGACGUCUUUGAACAUCAUCUUUCCCUGGCCAAGACUCGUUCACAGGCGUUGGCCGAUGGGCAGAUCACCGUUUAUGAUAAGGCUCUGCUCGAGCUAACCAACAACGGGACGGAGACGUAUAACCUGGGUGCGUUCGAGUUGUUCCUCGAUGAGGUUAUGGGAAUGAAGAGUGUUGAAACUGUGGAUUUGGAGGCUUUGGUUGUCAAGAAUGUGGCUGUGAAGAGCCUAUUGGUGCAUGCUACCCGCGCUGAGCCAGGGACGAUCGCCGUCCCCAUUCUAACUGCCUCUGAGGGGAAAUCUCCAAAUGACAAAACUGGUAGCGUAAAAUAUGAAACUACCAACAACGCAAAGGAACUCAAAACCAUAAAAGACAGCCUCUCCCGUAUCCUGGCCACCUUUUCCAACGCGCAGCAGGAAUAUAAGGCAAUCCCGGAUAGUGAUGUUGUCGCCAAGUCCCGCGCAGCGAAAUUCCUCCGCGACACGGCUGAAAAUGCCCUCACCUACAUGCAUUCCCGCCAAAUGAAGCACCAUAUGGCUCCGGAACUGGAGGUGGCAUUCCAGAUGGCAAAGGAGAAAGCCAUUGCUCUCAGUGGGGGUAGGAAAAGACGCUUCGAGGUUCAUGACCAUGACUAUAGCGACUUCCGACCUUCCUCAUCCUCCCGUGGUGUGAAACAUUCGUCUAGCUCGCGUCAUCACCAAGCCACCCAUCGUAGAGGAGAUCGCUACCGUCCAUAUUAA